AUGGGAGACGCGGGUGCCUUCUCAAACGCGCGAAUUCGAGUAAAGCCGCCAGAAAAAGGUAGCUUCCCACUAGACCAUCACGGCAUUUGCCGUGAUAUGCGGGAAUUAUGGACUGCUUGUAUGAAAGAAAACGAUUGGAACAGCGAAAAAUGUCGAGCGGAGUCAGCCGCCUACCUGCGUUGUCGAAUUGACAAUAAGCUUAUGAAGCCAGAUGAAAUACAAAGACUCGGAUUCAAUUAUACGGAAUGGGAUACGGCUGGACAACUCAGCUCCAAACAAUGGCACUCAUCAUCUGAGUAG